AUGCCAAAAUUGGCAAAUGUUGAUCAUAUAAUUUCAUCGCCACAGUUGCAACAGGUUGUGGCUGGUUGCAUUAGGUUGUGGCUGGUUGCAUCUGGUUUUGUUGUUUCUGCUGGUUGCUGCUGGUUGUUGUUGGUUGCAUUAGGUUGUGGCUGGUUGCAUCAUGUUGUGUUUAAAGUUGCAUUAGAAUGCAACAGGUUGCAUCAUGUUGUGUUUGAGGUUGCAUCUAGUUGCAUCAGGUUCACUUUAAGGUUGCAUGGUAUGCAAUACAUUGUUCCUCCUGAAAAUCAUCAUCGAGCAAAAUGUCAUGCCAUAAUCAAGCACAACCAGAUUACUGCUCUUCAUCAAUUGUUAUCUCCAAAACAAAUUUCUGAUUUCGAUGAUUCUUGCUUUGGGCAUUUUCUGUCAUUGCCAUCCUUUGUCAUGCAGUAUCAGCUAAUUCAUAAUUUAUUGCUUAGGGAGUUGAAACAACCCAACCCUCAUGAGAUUUGGGUAACUAAGGAAAAUGUGCGUGACAUUUUAUUUAAUAAAGGGUGGAAGAAUGAUGCGGAUGCAGUGAAGCUGGCCAACAUCUACUUGCUGCAGAUCUUUUUUCUUAGCUCCUCUUCUUUGGAUGUUGUCAUUCCCCAAACUGACUUUGAUAUUUUAGAUAGUGGGGAAUUUGGUCAGUUUCCUUGGGGAAAGGAAGUGUUUAAGUUUACUAUUGAGUCAUUGAAGAACAAUGUUGGAAAAAAAAAUAAAGAUUAUUAUUAUAGGCUAUAUGGAUUUCCAUAUGCCUUUCAAGUAUGGUUUUACGAGUGUUGCCCAUACUUGAAUGGCAACUUUUGCCAUCUCAAUGAUGGAUCUAUCCCACGCAUCAUCAAUUGGACAAAUAACGAAAAUAUUAAGUUUGAUAAAGUAUCUUAUACUUUAUCAAUGAGUUGUGUUGAGCUCCAACUUCGAAAUAUCACUCCAACUGCCAAGGAAAGGAAAAAAGUUCACUUGGAAGAAUUAUUUCCAAAAGGCAAGCAGUUGGUAGUUGAUGGCAACCUUGCUGGUAAUGCUGGUGCUAGAGUUGCAGCAUCUAGUUCUGGAGUUGCACCUCAUUCUGCUAGAGUUACAGCAAAUGUUUGUCCAAUUGCUAAUGUUAGUGGUGAUGAUUUUGUGAACCCUCCUCUCCCAUCAUUCGCAGGUGCUUCCUUUUCUUCUAUGCCUCAGUUCUCUCUACAUGAAAUGCAAGGCCAGUUGUCAAGAUUAGAAACAAGUCAAAAGGUUCUUGUUUCUGAGGUUGCUUCUAUAAAGACAAUUGUUAAUGGAUUAAGUUCUCAUUUUGACUCAUCCAUUAUAAAGCUGGAUGAACUUAUUAUUUCCCAUAUUUUGGAAAAACAGGGUGAAGGAUAUGAUGAUGAUAUUGAAAGAAUAAGUAAGGCAAUGCAUGAUGAAUCUAAUGUUGGUGAUAAGGAGGAAGAUGUUGCCACUGAUUGUGUCAUUGAGGAAAAGUCUGAUGAUGAAGAUGAUGAUGAUGAAGAGGAUGAAAAGGAUGAUGAUGAAGAGGAUGAAAAGGAUGAUGAUGAUGAGGAGGAGGAUGAGGAUGAGGAUGAGUUUGAUGAAGAAAAUGAUGGUUUUGAUCAUGAUGAUGAUGAAGAUGCAGAUGAUGAUCCUGUUGGAGAAGACAAAAAUAGUAAAGAUCGAGAAAAAGAAGAAGGUCAUACUUAUAUUGCGUGCCCUAGUGGAGUCAAAGAUUUUAGUAGUGGGCACAAUGAAGAUGAUAAUGUUGUUGAUUUUUCUGAUGAUGUUGACAGUUCACAUCAGGUUGCGCCUAAGAUUUUGGGGGUUGUAGAUUUUGCAACCGAGGUUGAAAAUGUCCCUACAGUUGUUGGAGAGAUUGAUAAAGACGUUGCAUCUCAUUUUUCAAAUGUUGCAGAAUUAGAAACUGAGGUGGCACCUAAUCUUCCCGAAGUUGCACCUGAUCUUCCAAAGGUUGCAGAGGAUGUCAACGAGGAUGCACAGGUUGCUGGAACUAUUUCAUCUCAGUCUUCUUUUGAUAGUUUUUCUGACACGACAUUGGAGGAGGCUAUGCAAAAUGCUAUUAAUGCUGUAAAAGAAAUCAAGACCCCAAAGGAAUCUACUCCUCAUUGCACUGCUAUUGUUCCAUAUGUUGGUAGUGGUGGGAGUAACUUGGGAUAUGUUACUCCUAUUUUGCCAAGAAGAACAAUCAAGCUGCCUUUCUACUUGCAAUCUCCAUUUGUGCAGAAUUUUGAUUCUACUUCUGGUCAAAGUAGUGAGGCAAAAUCUGGUGGAGAAAUUAAGAUUAUCAAAGGGUUUUGCCCAUUGGAUGACAAAAUUGGAGAAUUGCCAGACUAUGAGCUAUCCCAAGAUUUCAACAAAUGA